AUCUUUAUUUCUUUCCUUUUAGGUUGUCCUGGAAGUAAUAGAGAAUCUCAAAGGCUAUUUUGUGAAGGAAUUAUUGAUAUUCUCAAUGGCUGCUGCCCACACUGAGAAAAUAAUUGAGGAGCAGGAAGUCACAGAUAAUAAAGAUGUAGAUGUUGUUGCUGAGCUGGAACAACCCAAGACAGGCGUGACUGGCAUUCAAGGUGACCUUGGAAAACUCGACACUGUAUCGGCUGCUGCUGACCGACGUGUGAAUAGGCGAGCCAAGCGCCAUGGAAGGACCAUGCAGGGUGAAUUUGGCUUGCUGAAUGGCCAGGCACCAAAUGGCCUCCAUGGGAAUCAUCUCCGGCUUGAGCUGCGCUCUCAAAAGAACAGUCGUCGUCCCAGGAAUGGUCAUGGUCGAGGUCUCCCAAAGAAGGGUGGUGGUGGUGGGAAAGGAGUCUGGGGGAAACCUGGAUCAGAGCUGCAGGUGCAAGAAGUUGAUGAGGCAGAUCCCAAUUAUGAUUCUGACUCGAUGGGCUCCAAAGAUGUGCAGCUUGAAGAGGUGGUGCCAGAACUUACAGAUGAAGAAGUUCGAAAGGCAUUGAAACCAAUAUUCUUGGAGUAUUUUGAGCAUGGAGACACCGAAGAAGUGGCUGCAUCUUUGGAAGAAGUUAAUCUCUUAUCUCAGAGGCAUCAGGUGGUGUGCUUGAGUGUGGAGUUUGCUAUGGAUCGUAAGCCUUCCCAACGAGAAAUGACCUCAGUGUUGCUUGCAGACCUGUUUGGCCGAACCAUUAUGCGAAAGGACUUUGCCAAAGGGUUUGACAAAUUGUUGAGUGAUUUGCCUGACUUGACCCUGGAUACCCCGGAUGCUCCAAUAAUUUUGGGGAAUUUUAUGGCCAGGGCCAUAGCAGAUGACUGUCUCCCUCCAGCCUUUCUCAUGGGAUACAAAGGGAAAGUGGACUGUGACCAUGCCAGAGCUGCUUUGGCACGUGCAGAUACCUUGCUCUCCAUGAAGCAUGGAUUAGUUCGUCUUGACAAUGUUUGGGGUGUUGGAGGUGGACUGCGUCCUGUCAAUGCUCUGGUCCGUCAAAUGGUGCUCCUCCUUGAGGAAUAUUUGUCCUCCAAGGAUUCAAAAGAAGCCCAGCGUUGUCUGCGAGAUCUCGAAGUCCCACAUUUCCAUCAUGAGCUUGUCUAUGAGGCUGUUGUCAUGGCAAUGGAAAAAAUGACAGAAGAAGCGGAGGAUGCCAUGGUUGCCCUUUUGAAAUGCUUUUCUGAUGCUGUGAUCAUCACUCUCGACCAAAUGACCAAUGGUUUUCUAAGAGUUUAUGAAGACAUGCCCGAUAUCUGCCUGGAUGUGCCCGCUGCUUACUACAUGCUGGAAAAGGUUGUAAACAAGUGUCAGGCUGCUGGGUUCCUCUCAAAUGAUGUCAUUUCCAAGCUCCCUUCACGAGGACGGAAGAGGUUCGUGUCAGAGGGAGAUGGUGGACGGCUUAAGGAUGCUUCGUACGUUUCCCCUUACGUGUGAUGAGAAAAGUCAGGAUGGUUGUUUGCUCAUGUGCUCCUGAAAGACCUUGUCCUUGCUCUUCUGUACUUCAAUCACAGCCUUCCAAGAGGUUUUCAGUUUGCAGGGAUGUGAAUGCAGACAAUUUCCUCUCUUCAUCUCAUAUCUGUUUCUGUCUAUUUCCAAGUUGAAAGCUAUCAGAUGUUGUUACUUUGGUCUCCUUGUGCUUGAUCACCAUCAGCACUCUAAUUUUUUUUUAUAGAAAAAAAAAAAAAGUCUUGUUAGCAAUUUUGUAUGUACAGAUGGAAGGGCUGGUACAGUCAUGUACAUGAGUGAAUGAGAGGUUCAGACUUCCUCUUCCUCGAGCCCCGAUUUGACACUGCCGUGAAUGGCUUCUCUGUCGAAUGCUUUCUUGUCGUUUUCAUUCGCGUGAAGGGUCAUGGAGAGUUUCUUAUGCAGAUGCAAGUCUCUGCCAAUAAUUGGGAGGCCUUUGCCUUCUCUGUCACUGAGUCUGAUUGCAUUUGAACCUGUGAAGUUUGAUUUGUAAAGUUGCUGUAGGUUUCAAGAAGGACUAUAGAGUAGACAGAUAUUCCUGGGACACAAGAUGAAGACCUCCAGCCAGAUGUAGGAAUAAGGUAGGAAUAUGUGGGUUUCAUGGGAUGUGGGAACGUUUUUUUUGAGGGGUGGUUGUCUUUCUUUCUCUGUUACUGUCUUUCGACUGCUUUCUCUCUUUUGUUUCUUCCUUCUUGCAAAACUGAAAAAAUAAUAAAAAUAAUAAAAAGUACAAAUAAAAAGUGAA